GAAGAAGAAGAAGAAGAAGAUUGGUCCUGUAACACGGAUGUGAAGAGCCGUUGCUAUGCGCUCCUUUAUGCUGUUGUCAUAGUUAUUAUCUAAAUAAACACAUUUCUGAUUGACGGUAUGAACUGAUCGCACUGAUAGCUGAGACUGCUGUAGUUUGUGAUGGCUAGUAAAGUCAAGUGGGUGACUGACAUUGAGAAAUCUGUGUUAAUCAAUAACUUCGAGAAGAGAGGAUGGAUUCAAGUGACAGACAGCGACGACUGGAACUUCUACUGGAUGAGCAUCCAGACCAUAAGGAAUGUCUUUAGUGUGGAUACAGGCUACCGACUGUCAGAUGAUCAGAUGGUGAACCACUUCCCCAACCACCAUGAGCUGACCAGAAAAGAUCUGAUGAUCAAGAACAUCAAACGAUACAGGAAAGAGCUGGAGAAAGAGAACAGUCCUUUAGCAGAAAAAGAUGAACAUGGGAAAUACAUUUACCUCGAUUUUGUGCCGGUGACAUUCAUGUUGCCGGCUGAUUAUAAUCUGUUUGUGGAAGAGUUCCGGAAGAGUCCGUCCAGCACAUGGAUCAUGAAGCCGUGCGGGAAGGCACAGGGCAAAGGCAUCUUCCUCAUCAACAAACUCUCACAGAUCAAGAAGUGGUCUCGGGACAGCCGCACAUCUACGUUUGUUGCAGCGAACAGUGGGAAGGAGGCAUAUGUUAUCUCGUUAUAUAUUGAUAAUCCUCUGUUAAUUGGUGGGAAGAAGUUUGAUUUGCGCCUGUAUGUGCUGGUCACCACUUACAGACCUCUGAAAUGUUACAUGUAUAAACUUGGAUUUUGCCGCUUUUGCACAGUCAAAUACACCCCCAGCACGAGUGAGCUUGACAACAUGUUCGUCCAUCUGACGAAUGUUGCGAUCCAGAAGCACGGAGAUGAUUAUAAUCAUGUUCACGGUGGGAAGUGGACGGUCAGUAACUUGCGUCUGUAUCUGGAGAGCACGAGAGGACGUGAUGUCACCAAUCACCUUUUUGAUCAGAUCCACUGGAUUAUUGUCCAGUCUCUGAAAGCAGUAGCUCCUGUCAUGAACAAUGACAAACACUGCUUUGAGUGUUAUGGUUAUGACAUUAUUAUUGAUGACAAACUCAAACCAUGGCUUAUCGAGGUGAACGCGUCUCCGUCGCUCACGUCCAGCACUGCUAACGACCGCAUCCUGAAGUACAACCUCAUCAACGACACGCUGAAUAUCGUCACACCGAACGCUGAAAUCCCAGACUGCCGCUGGAAUCGCAGUCUCCCCAAAGAAGCUCUGGGACACUACGAAGUGCUUUACGAUGAGGAGCAGGCAAUGAGUGACAGCGCUGAACGGGACCUCAGGAGUCGCUCCGGUCAGUCUUUGGGAUCCAGGGGCACAAGAUCAAGCAGCGUUCGACCUUUCCCAGCAACCUGGAAGUGAUGUCACCUUUCUAAACUCCACCUUCAGUUUGGACUCGUGACUGUGGAGGAAUGAGAGGCUUGCAUGAUACGACCAGAGACACAAACCCUUUUAUAUUUCAUCAGUGUGUGUUCCCUGGGAAACAAAUACACAUGUUGUUUGUUGAGUUACAGGAAAGAGUCACUGGACUAUACACUUACAUUUUCUUUAUUUAAAAAGAAUAAUUUUAUUUAUGUACGUUUGUCUAAUUUCUUCAGAAGCUAUCAUUGAAGUAAUGUGCAGCUUUGUAUUAGUUGUAACUGCUAUUUCGCACAGAUACAAUAAAUGAUCCAUCAUGUUCCUUUGUAUUUCAGAUAUGUUUUAUAACAACAGAAAAGGAACAUUAUGUAAGUCACAAAAUGUCCUGUUGGAAAGCAUUAUUGUUUAGUUGCAUUUCAACUCUUAGUGUUUCCAGUAAUGUGUGCGUGGGUGUGCGCGUGUGUGUGUGCGCGCGUGUGUGUGCGUGAGUGCGUGUGCGCGCGUGUGUGUGAGUGUGUGCGCGUGUGAGUGCGUGUGCGCGCGUGUGUGUGAGUGUGUGCGCGC